ACACGCGUGAGAGUGGGCACUCGCGAGCCGAUCCGGAGCUGAGAGAAGAGCAUCGGUUGCGCGGGACCGCAGGAGCGUGGCUGCAGGAGCGUGGCUGCAUCCCGGGAGGACCGGAGAGAGUGAGAGAGACGCCACCGCGGGACUGGAGUCGAGCUCGGCUGCAGGCUGAAGGAUGUUCUCCUCUGUGAAGGCCUAUGAGGGGCAGCAUUACACCACCCUCAAGAGGCAGUGUCAACAGAGUGGAACGCUGUUUGAGGACCCACUGUUCCCAGCUGUGGACGACUCACUCUUCUACCAGGGGAACCGGAUCGGCCAUGUGCACUGGAAAAGACCCGCGGAACUGUGUGAUGAUCCUCACUUGUUUGUGGAUGGGAUCAGUGCCCAUGACCUGCACCAAGGGCAGCUGGGAAACUGCUGGUUCGUGGCGGCUUGCUCUAGCUUGGCUUCGCGAGAGUCACUGUGGCAGAAAGUAAUCCCAGACUGGAAAGAACAGGAAUGGGAUAUCGAGAGGGCAGACUCCUACGCUGGAAUAUUCCACUUCCGCUUCUGGCGGUUUGGGGACUGGGUGGAUGUGGUGAUAGAUGACCGUCUCCCCACCGUGGAAAACCAGCUGGUUUACUGCCAUUCAAAUGACAGCAAUGAGUUCUGGAGUGCCCUUGUGGAAAAAGCAUAUGCCAAAGUUUAUGGUUGCUAUGAAGCGCUAGAUGGGGGAAACACAGCUGAUGCUUUAGUGGACUUCACUGGGGGAGUGUCGGAGCCUAUGGACCUGUUGGAGGGCCAGUUUGCCCAGGAUGAAGUUGCCAGGAACCAGCUGUUUGAGAGAGUGCUCAAAGUCCACAACAGAGAUGGUCUCAUCAGUUGCUCUAUUAGGGCGACCACUGUGGAGGAUAUGGAGGCUAGACUAGAAUGUGGACUGGUUAAAGGCCAUGCCUAUGCAGUGACCGAUGUUCGCAAGGUCCGCCUGGGACAUGGCCUGCUGGCCUUCUUCAAGUCAGAGAAGCUCCAGAUGAUCCGCAUGAGGAACCCCUGGGGGGAGAAAGAGUGGAGCGGACCCUGGAGUGAUAGCUCAGAAGAGUGGAAGAAGGUGAGCAAGAGCGAGAGAGAGAAGCUGGGCGUCACUGUUCAGGAUGAUGGAGAGUUUUGGAUGAACUUUGAAGACUUCGCUCACUACUUUACCGACCUGAUCCUGUGCCGACUGAUAAACACAUCCUAUUUGAGUAUUCACAAGACCUGGGAGGAGGAGGUGAUGAGGGGCACUUGGAUCCAUCGAGACGACCCUCUCCGCAACCGCGCCGGAGGCUGUAUUAACCAUAAAGCCACAUUUCUGCAAAACCCACAGUAUGUUUUUGAUGUGAGAAAAGUGGAAGACGAGGUGCUGAUCUGCCUGCAGCAAAAGGAGCGCAGAGCUACUCCGAAAGAAGGGAAAGGCGAGAACUUGGCCAUUGGAUUUGACAUCCAUAGGGUGGAGUUGAAUAGGAAAUACAGAAUGCACUCAGCCCAGCAGAAGGUGGCCGGUUCAAUCUACAUCAACUCUCGCUGUGUGUUUCUAAGAAAAGAGCUAAAGGAGGGACGUUACGUCAUCAUCCCCACAACUUUUGACCCCUCUCAACAAGGAGAGUUCCUGCUCCGUGUCUUCACUGAUGUGCCUUCAGACUGCAAAGAGUUAACUCUGGACGACCCUCCACAGACAUGCUGGACGGGCAUGUGUGGUUACCCUCAGCUGGUCACACAGGUGCAUGUGUUAAGUGCCGAUGGUCUUCAGGGCCAAGACUCCAAUGGAGCCUCUGACCCGUACGUGAUCAUUACAUGUGAGGGGGAGAAGGUCCGCUCUCCUGUGCAUAAAGACACCCGCAGCCCAAAUUUCGACAUAAAGGGAAUUUUCUACCGCAAAAAGCCAAAGGAGGGCAUUCACAUCGAGAUCUACAAUAAGAACGUCAUUGUUGACACCUUCCUGGGUCAGGUGGUCCUCUUUAGUGACCCUAACGACCGGCAAGAGCAGCACACAGUCUACCUUAAAGACAAGGGCAGUCGCCAAGACAACAACCUUCCAGGCACGCUGACUGAUUCCAGCCACCGUUGGGCCACACCCAGACGCAUCUUUGGAUUCUCUGCGUCACAUUGCUUAGCAACUGCAGUCUGGAGCCUACUGGAGCACAGAGAUGGGUUUUCCAAGUACCGGAGGGCCACCCAGACUAUCUGCAGUGCUAUUUUUACAGUGACGCAGACGGGGAUUGAUCGACGUACUGUAAUAACAAUGCCGGUGCAGUUUGAUGAGCAUUUCACCUUUAUCUUGAGAUUUGAUUCAGUGUGGCAGCGUUUUAGGGUGACCAGAUGUCCUGAUAAAACCAGAGCAGUCCCAUUUAUUUUUUUUGCCAUGUGGACCGAUAAUUGGCUUUUUUAUCGCUAAAUGUUUGAAUUGUUUUAGCUGUAGUUUUGGCAGCCGGUGAUGUGUAGGCUUGAAUGACAAGGUGAGUUGUGAAGUUUUUCAUUCUUUGAUAGAAUGAUGGGAGCCCACAAGCCAUUUUUCCGUUGUUGACAUUAUUAUUUAUCACGUUCAUAUUGUCACCCUGAGAGCGUGUGGGAUCCAAAAGACCAUUAGGAGUUUAUGCAUAAAUCAAAGGAAAACUUUAUCAGUCAUAGUGGUGCCUAUAGGAUCAAGAGCAGAUCUUUGGACCUGCAGAUAUUCUCUGGCUUUACCUCACUCUUGCUCUGAGGAUUUUUGAGACUGUCAAAAUAAGAGUUGGUCUUUCUUAAUGAUUUUCAAUUCAGACUUCGGCCAAACAGCAUGUGCCAUUGUUUGAGAACUGCUGCACGAUUCUCUUGGCUUUUCUCGAUGAUCAUGAACUAUAUUUUAAUUACAGGGGUGAAUGUUAUCACCAGUGUCGUUUCCAAUGGCUACUUGUGCUGUUCCAUCUGAAACUGCUACUGAACUGUUUGUGCACUACAAUGUCCUGUUUAUGCAUCAUGACAAGAUUUCAGUUCCCAUUUUGGCAAAGACAUACAAGUCUACAUCAGUAUUUUUUUAAUGGUUGGAUAUGUUUGAGCAUCCUCAAAGGGCGCUGCAAGCCUUUUAGAAGUGUAACAGAAAUGUCAAGAGAACGUACACAUACAAUUCUUUAUUUUUAUUUUUAUUGACACUUUCCAUCAAUGUGUCUUCUUCUUUAACUUUUUUAUUUGUUUAUUUGAAUGUCAGCUGCACUGCAAACUUUAUUUUUUUGUGUCACAUUGAUCUGUUUUAAAAAAAAUGUGUUUUUCAAUAAUUAUUCAUUAUUCACAACGCUGUUGUGAAGGCCAAAAGAAAUAAGUGUUACCUGAAGCCUGUUUUGAAUUUUCUAUAUUUUGCAUCAAAAAAUGUAGCAUAAGAAUCUCUAAUGGUUAUACUGUAUAAAAAAUGCUGUUGAUAAAAUGUUUCUGAGACUGAGCCACUAACCCAAAAUGGUAUGAUACACAAUGUCUAGUCAUAACUAGAUAUGUGAGGGGGGAAAGGGAGAGAGAGAUAGAAAGAGAGAGUGCUAGAAUGCUGCAAUGUCAAUCAGAUGAACAAUGUUGAAUGACAAGUAUUAUUUAGGAAACAUUCUUGCCCACCAUAUGUGGCCCACACUACUUGAUUUUCUUUAGGGAUGAGUGAAGCUUUUUCUUCGACUUUAUUAGAUUUGAAAAUAAUUGAAUCGAUGUUCUCAACCAAGACACCAUUAUUUUACAUCUCUUGUGCCUGGACAGGCCAGGUAAUGAUGGGUAAAUAGGGGAGUUAAAAAGGUAUUUUAUCUAAAGUGUAAUAAAUUCAAACAGUUAAAUUGCCUUUUUGGCUGCCUAGUUUUUGCUUUUUGGACUUUAAUACAUCCAACUAUAUACAAAAGUAGCCUUGAAUCUAGUUGGUUUCUUUUAAGCCUUGGAAGACAACUUUAUUAUUCAAACUUACUCUUUUCUUGAUUGUUUUUAUCUGAUUUUUAUUAUGUAUUUUUUGCUAAUUAAGAACGCUGUGAGAGAUGCCAACGCACCAGAUUGAGCCAUAUGCAUUUCCAGCUAUAUUUUCUCUCUAGUUUGCCAAAUAACAAGAUAUAAUAAGUGUUGAAGUUCUCAUGCCUUUAAUGCCAAACAAAUUCUGUUUCGUUUUGUUUUAUUCAGUUUGUUUGUUCUCUUUCAUAAUGUGCAAUUUUUUUUCUUCUGAAUUCGAACAGUAAACAGUAAUCCAAAUACUGAUGCAUACUGCAGAUUAAACUCCAGAUUUCAAGCAUUAGCAGCCUGAAUCUGGACCUCAACGGUGCUGCCAUGCAAGAGUAGGUUUACAUUGUAUUGUUUGUUUACACAGCAAAAUUAUUUUACGUCUCACACUGUUUGCAUAGAUAAUGCAAUGUAUGAAAAACACACUUUUGCACGGGUUUGUUGUAAUCGCAAAUUAAGUGUGCAUAACUUUGCGUAAUGUUACAUGUUUUUUCUAGGUUCUCCAUGCAUUAUGGCAUUAAAGUCUUUAAAGUGCUUGUAAUCACAAGACAAACUCAAAUCCUCUCGCAACCACUGAUUUACGUGAUCACAUUGAAUUGCUUUACAUGACUCAUAUUGUAUGGUCACAUUAAAUGACAUUUCCGGCUGUGUUUUGCAGCCUGUGAUCGAUGACAUGGUGUAAUUUGCUAUAAUGUGAUCUACGGGCCUUGACUGCUGCAUGUACUUUACCUGAGUGAACCUCUCUUUUCCAACAUAAGCCGUCACAAAUGCUUUCUCUAAGCAUCUUGAUAGAGUACAGCCUUAAGAACCAGUGAAUGCUUGUGGAGAGAGUCACUUCUAUCUCUCUUUGUCAUUUUUUGACAAGGGUCAUACAUCCAGAGAUUGAGCUUGUGAUACUCUUGUAUUUUUUCUGCUGAUGUUGAACCUUAAACCGGUAUAUAUAUAUAUAUAUAUAUAUAUAUAUAUAUAUAUAUAUAUAUAUAUAUAUAUACAUUUACAUAAUAGGAGUAUUUAAAUAUCUUGCAUGGUAUGAUUCUAUGAAACUUAGAUGCUAUUAUCUUUAUAAUGUGUAUCUUUUAUCAGCAUUUUAUACACGUUUGUUUACUGUUUUAUAUCUAGCUAUUGAAUCUUGUGUUUAGAAAAACAAAAAACAAAUGGACGGACAGACAUACUGACUGAAAAAAAUAUACUGUAUCUUUAUUGACUGUAGGAUUUCUGUAUCUUAUCUCUGUUAAAAUCUGUAUUUAAUUUUGCGUGUAUGUUUCUCUUGGGUUACACUGUGGUUAUUUGAUGUACUUAUUUGAAGUACUCUUUUUCUUUUGUAUUUUGUCAACUUGUGGCAUGACUUUGAAAUAAAAGAUUGAAAUUCUU